CAUCCGAAUUUUAAGCAAAGUACGAGUGAUUGUGCGAAUGUAUCCUUCUAUGCACGAAUAAUUUGAUGGCAAUGUCGUGUUCCAGAAACAAGUCAUAUUUUUGUUUAAACUAAACACAAACACAAAUGAAUGUGAACCUUUUGAGAAAACUCAAACGGGUGACUGGUUGUAUUAUGCCUAGGAGAAUUAGCUGACAAAAGUAAGUACGACGUCACGAUGCUGAGAAAGGGUGGUAUAGUACGUAUUAUAACAUGCGGGUACGCUAUUCGUACGCACAGCAGGAGCCGCGAACAGAAGCUAGUAUGUAAUACACAAACCAUACAACCACACACUACUUUUAUCGCAGAGCGUGGAGCAGCAUCGUUCGCUUGUCAUUAGAAAACUUUUCUCACCCAACUGCGACUUACAAAAACCGGAAGAAAAAUAACCGACACAUCAGUCUACUACUUUCAAACUGGAAUAUCCGAUUCAACUGACUGUUUACAAACGAUAAAUCAAACAACAUGUCCUAAAUUGUUCUCGAUAAAGACACUUGGAAUAUAUUUUGGAACGCUCUUGUUUCUGAAGCUGCAUGAGCAGACGCUAGCGAGGGAUUCUUUAUAAGUUCCAGACGUUUGUGAGGGGUUUCGAUCGAUUCUAAAGUUUCGAUUUGUAUUCAUGCACCCGUUUUACACGUCAUGUUUAUUACGUAGCUGCCUCGCCGCAGUAUUGAAUCUAUCUGGAUCGUGGGGUACUAACAAAUCGAUAUGAUAUAUCCAGAAAUGGAAAUGGUUAUCGACCAGAAAAAAAUGGUGAUCUCCCCGAUGUCUUGAGUGUGAUCGUCUGUCCCAGGAGUCGAUUGGAUGCAGACUUUGUCACCAAUCAUGGAAAUGCUCACGACUGUACACGCAAUGGGUUCGAUACCCAUGGUAGACUCUAGUAACAUGACUCGAUUGGAAUGUGAGUUUCAACCGUUGAGAUUGUUAUACUUAAUACCUUUCGUAUUGAUCACUAUUUUAGCCGUUCCAGGGAACCUGCUCGUCAUGGCCGCCGUUUACCGCGAGAGAAGACUCAAGACUCCGACCAACGUCCUCGUCGUCGGUCUAUCCGUCUCGGACCUGACCAACGGAACCCUCUCCAUACCAGCCGCCUAUUUUUGGUUCGUAAGCUACUGCGACGACCUCGUCGUCCUUUACUUUCGUUUUAUCGCAAGAACAUGCUGUGCCUGCUCGGUUGUUCAUCUUGUUUUGAUAUCCAUCGACCGGUACGUCUCGGUGGCGAAACCUUUAAAAUACCAAUCGCUGAUAACCAGAAGGAGAACGAGAAAGGGUUCGUUGAUAACCAUGUUGGUGAUCAUUCCGUACAUGUUCACCGUCGUCAUUCUGUUCCAUCUGGUUGAGAUCGGUCGAAUCGAUGUCAACGAGAAGGUAUUCGAAAUAUUCUGGAACUACAUACCGUCGUCGAUGAUCUUGGUGGCAAUGGUGGUGACGUCGAUCAUCUAUAGCUACGUUUUCUACCAGGCUCAUAAACUCCGAACCAGGAUGACAUCGAUGAUGCGGAACAGCCAUAGAACACCAACAGCUCAAAGCUCUCGAGCUAAACAGAUCAGAGCCACUAAGACCCUUGCCUUCGUCGUCAUUGCCUUUGCCAUAUGUUGGUUACCCAUCUGUAUUAUAUUAUUUGUCGACUCUAGCGGUACUGGCUACAACCCAGACCUUUCCAUAGGACCAACGAUGGCCUACUAUGCCAACUCUAUUAUGAAUCCCUUGAUAUAUGCCCACAGGAGCAAGGACUUCCGCAAUGCAUUCAAAAGGAUCAUAAGGGAUGUUGCCAGAUGCAUUACGGGAGGUAAGCCCGAAAUGCAGCGGACAGCGUCUACCAUGUCCUCAUCGCAAAGGCCUAGUGUAUUCGAAGGGCCGCCAACCAUUGCAGACUUAAAACGUAAACGUGCUGUUGGCUUGAAGUCUAAUGCUAAUGUCGACUUCAAGUCUAAUGCUGAUGUCGACUUGAAUUCCAAUGGAGAUGUCGACAAGAAAUCUAAUGACGUCAUCGACAUGAAAUCUCAUGGCGAUUUCGACAUAAAAUCUAAUGGCGACGUCGACUUAAAAUCUAAUGGCGAUGUCGACAUGAAAUCUACAUGUAAUAGUAAUGUCGAUUUGACAACGAAUGGUACUACUGGACUCAAAGAAGGAGAAAUCAAUGUUGUACUCAGCGAUCGUGAUAUGGUAUGACCCAUUACUAAUGACAUGGAAUGUAUAUUCGUGCUAUCUAUCCCCGAUAUCUAUCACAAGUAUGGAAAAGCCAGGGAUACCCAAAUCUAGAAUGUGUGUUUAAAUUCCCAUUUAAACAAAAAUUAAGAUAUAAAGUAUUGAAUAUACAUGCAUCACUAUCUUGACAAUGCUGAAUUGUAUUCCUAUUUGUUUCCAUAGGGAUGUUGCGUGCAUUUUCUAUGGGAAUAAAUUAUAUGUCAUUGGCGGAUUUCCAUAGUUGGAAUUGAUCAGGGUCCGUUACACAAAAGUUAGCGAUUGAUCGUAUGCUUGAUAUUACUAUUGAUUGUAUAUUGUAGUCAAUGCAGUCAAUCGCAGAAAUUGUUUUACGAUCAUUGCUAUGCUUUGUGUUAUACGGGUACCAGAUCAAUCACAACUCUUUGUGAGAUGGGCCUGAAGAAGAACAAUUUCCUUAUCGUUCUUGAGCGUUUUCGAACGCAUUUUACCAAUUGAUGUGUCUCGGUAAAAAGAAGUUUAGUGAAAUGGAUCCUGUUGUAAUAAUAAUCAUUGUCAAUGAUAUAAAAUUUCCAUGAUAUCAGUGAUUAUUUUAUUAUAUUUAUCGAUAUAUGUAUGAAAGGCAUACUACAGCACAUAAAAUAAAAUAAAAAGAAAGCGAUUAUUGGAUAAAAACAAAGUCGGCUUGAUACUAGGAUUUAUGGAACAGUGCAAAUGAUAAUGACAGUAUUUUUAACCACGGUAGAAAUUAUUUGAAAUUCGAAUAUGAUAUAUGACUAGAUAUGUAACGCAAUAAGAAACGAAACUUAUUAAUUUCCAACCUUGUUACAGAACUCAACGUUUUUAGUGUUUUACUUGUAAUUUUGACUUCUUUCGAAUUCUUCUUUGACAGAACAUUUAAAAACAACAGAAUUAUUCUUAAAGCUUUCGAAUGUAAAUGAUUUGCUAAAUAUUGAGUGAUUAAUGAUUUAUGCCAUGUCUUUCGUUAUAAGAGCUUUCAAAUGGUAGAAAAUAUUGUCAGAGGCAUAACAAUAAUCAUGAUUCUGAUUAUCAUCAUCUUCAUCGUCUUUUUUUUAUUUGGGAUGGGGAUGGGGGGAGCUCGGGGUGGGGUAUAAAUCGGCGAGCACCACAGUAUGUACAUGUAAAUUAUGUAUGCGUCAUGAAGGUAUCAACUCCGACACUAUCAUGGCCGUAUGGGCAGUCAUGCGAUAUUCUAAAAACUCACAUUUUUAUUACAUUUUUUUACAAGAAUGUACGUUUAGUGUGCAUCAAAGUCUUCUUUUUAAUAUUUUAUUUAACAUUACAAAAAAGGUAAAAACAAAGCCUAUGUGCUCCUACGUACAAUAGGGUAUUCGAAAUGCGCAGCUUUAAACGGAACCCAAAACCGAGAACCUUAUCGAAUACUAAAUCAGGAUGAAAAGUAAAUCUUGAAAGAAAUAUUGUAAAGCCUGAAUGACUUUGAAUUCUUGAGGUCAGCUGUUAUUCGAAAAGAGCAAACCAAAAUCGGGACUAAAUAUUGGAAUUCAUCAAAUUUUUCCAUUACCUACAGUUGACCUCAAAAGUUAGUGAACCCCACCACAAAUUGCCCUCCUUCAUGCCGAGUGUUGAAUGCAAAGAUUCAGAUAUAGUAUAAUAGUACACUGCAAAAACUCUGAUGUUGAUUUAAAACCAGCUCGGAAUCUAUAUAAUAUGUCCACACCAGAGAAGUGUUAAACAACACCAGUUUCGUUUUGGUCUAACACCAGAUAGUUGUUCAUACAACACCAAUCAGUAUUACAACAGCAUCGGUUUGAUUCCAAACUGAUGUUGUUUCAAUACUUCUCUGGUGUGGACAUAUAUAGCUUCCGGGCUGGUGUUAAAUCAACACCGGAGUUUUUGCAGUGUACAAUGUCCGGCAAGCCCAUGCAGAGAAACGAACUCUAUUGAAUGUAAUAUUUUAUCACCUGACUUCAGAAUUAGUUAUCUAAAACAUGGCAGAACUUGAACACUUUAGAUACGUUCAUUUUCUGGCGAAGUUCACUUACUUUUGAGCACCACCGUAUAUGAGGACGAAGUGCAAUUAACACAAUGGAUAAUUGAUUUUAUCUAAUUUCUUCUUCAUGUAAAACGCCUUUUUACUCUCUUUCCUACUCAAAAAAUCUCCUUAAUCAAUUGAUGAAUCGAAAUGGAAACAAUAUGAUUUUAUUUUUUAUCGAGGACACUCGUUUUUAAUACUGUUAGUGGGGGGUUCGCUAUUCCAAAACUUUGAAUGUCUAAAUUAUUAAUAUAUCAUUCUUAAUGCCUCCUUGUAUAGCCAUCAACUUAAAAAUAUAUAUAUUUGUAAUAAUCACCCUUUUGUUAUUUAUUUUCGCCCGUUUAAUUUUGAACGAAAAUUUUUAAGCCUGAAUGACUUCGAAUAAUUUAGGGGUCAGCUUUUAUUCACUUAAUAUAAAGCGAAUUUUUAUUGGGAUUCACAGGAUAAUAGAAAUUACCAUCACGUGAAAAGUAUCACCUAUUGAGGACGAACUGCAGUAAAUAUAAGAAGUCUAUGAUUCUAUUAAAUUCCUUCCAACUUAUCGGUCAUGUAAAACAGGUGUAUUUUAAGUUUCCCUCUCGGAAUAAUCCCUAUAUUAAUCAUAUUGCUUUAUUUUAUCAAUCGAGGAUAGUCGUAUUACUAUAUAAGCGGAGGGUCGUUAUUCCAUUUUUGUUAUGUAUGAAUAUCUAACGUAUCAUCCUACAUGUAAAUACAUGUACCUCACCGUUUGUAAAACCCAACACAUUUUUUGUGCAUAUUUUCUAAAUAUCAACUUGUCGUAAUGACUUUCGCUCUUUUCGUUCUGAGCGUUAAAUCGUUACACAUCAAACACUUGGGUGUUAAGCGGUGUACAUAGAGAACCACGCCAAUUUUUUGAUAUUCCGGUGUUAAAUAAACAGUGUUCGCUCAACACCUGUGCUAUGGAAACCCCUUUGGUUGUAACUUUAGCACUCUUUGGUGUCAUGUUCAAUCACACGGGUGUAAAUUUAACACCUCAGAGUGUGGUCCUCGCUGGACACUAACUGGUGCUAGUUUUAACACCCAAGUUUUGACAGUUUGAAAUGUAUUGUGUCGAGAAAACAAGAAACAUGUUUUGUAUAGCAGUAAAUACUUUGAAAUCAUUUCAUUUAUCCGCUUAUGUACAAUUAAUCGGUUUUGUUCGAUCGAGAAUGAUUAUGCAGAGUUCGCUACCCCUUGGUUAGGUUGAACUUAACCAUGUUAACAGGAAACAAAGCAAAAAAAGAACAUUAAACUCCAUCCCAUUAUACAAUUUGAUUUAAAGAGAUUAAGUUUUUUCUGUGUUUCCCGCCAUGUCCACGAUCGAAGCCCAUCUCUAUCCGAGUUGUACUCAGUAAAACGCUGUUUAUUUUUUAUUUUUCAGUCAUACAGCGUUAUUUACUACAUGGUGUAUAUAAACUUUACAUGAGUUGUCUAGAAAUAUAAGUAGUUUAAACAAUAAAGUCUUUAACAACAAAGUUUAAAUUUUAUUACUAAAUUAUAAUAAAAAAAUCAAGAAUGUUUGUUUAAACCGUUAACUACGGUAAGGUUUAUAUAUAUAGUAGGCAACGUUGUAUGAAAUUUUAAACAGCGUUUUUACUGUGCACCUUGUUCGGUUCGAUUCCCAUUUGGUGCGCUAGUGCCCUUUGGUGAGGCACCAAUCUUCAUUACCAGGUCCCACGGAGAGGACCUUAAGCCGUUUUCCUCUGAUUGCUUGUUUACAAGCAUUGAUGCUUUCUUCAUGUUCUUAUCAAUCGGGUCCAAAAUAAAAUCACUACCAAAUCACGAGCAUUUAAAUUACCACUUAUAGGCUACACCCACUUCGUCGAACUUCCAUUUCGUUUCAUCCAGCAUAGUCUAGUUCGUCUACAACCAGCAGCUCUAUUAACCAUUUGGUCUAAUCAAAAUUUAGCCCAUCUACCAUUUGGUCUAAUAUCCAGUUGGGCUAUGCUCAAUCAUUUCGUCUAAUAUCAAAUUAGUCUAAUAUAACUUAGUCUAUAUUAUUAGAUGAACUGUUUGGGAACCAAAUUUUCAUUUGACAAAGUGGAUUUUAAUAAACGGAUAAAGUGGAAGUUAGACCAACUGGGGAUAAGACUAAAUGUGAAAUAGACUCGGUGGAUAUUAGACCAAGUGUGGUGUCGACCAAACGGCAUUUAGGCCAAAUUGAUAGUAGACCAAAUGGGUUUAUCUCGUGUGGUUUUGGACCAUCUGAGAAUUAGACCAACAACACUCUAAAAAAACGAAGUGCUAAUUUAGCACUUAAUGUCCUUUUAUAGUGACUGCACUUUGAGUGCUGAUUUUCUAGUUCAAAUUUGAAUGACUAUAUCAGCACUCAAAGUGCAGCUACUAUUAUAAGGACAUUAAGUUCUAAAUUAGCACUUCAUUUUAGAGUGUACAUAUGGACCGAGUGAUCAUUAAUCAGUUUUAUAUCAUUGAUAUGAUAUCAUUUGGUACCUAAUACCAGGGGAUUAUCUUUGUUAUCAUAUCUUAUUUAUAUAGUAAAAAGGUUUAUCUACUGUCAAGUUUUUCAGUUUAAUAUAUAAUUAUUGUUGAUACAAAUUGUCUUAUUUGUCCUCGUCUUUCAACUCAAAAUUAUUGAAAUUAUCAAUGAAUAAAAUGUACAUCUGUUAUGUUUAAUGAACGCAAAAAGGCUACCAGAUAUGAAAGAAAUUCAGGGGAAAAUGUAAAAAAAUGUAUAAAUGGAAAAGUGUUCUCUCGCUCACAUUUACCAUUUGUGUGUUUUUUCCC